GGCGGGCCAGUGGUACGGCAGCCAGGGCUGCGCGCCACCGCAGCCGAACAUGGCCGACACAGAGUUUGAGGAGUUCCGCCACGCCUUCGAGCGGCUGCCGCAGCACAUCAAAGCCCCGGCGCAGAGCUACACGCUGGUGCACGAUGUCGCACUGGACGACGAGUCUGCGUCAUCGCGCAGCGACGGCGAGGACGACGGCUCGGCGUGCGGCAGCCCCGGAGAGCAGCCCGCCGCGCUCGCGCCGGCCGCUGCCGCCGCCCCCGCCGCCGCCGCCCCCGCCACCGCCCCCGGCUCGGCACCUCCGGACUCGCCGCCCACGCAGCCGGUGAGCGGUGCGCCGCCCGCACCCUGGACGGACACCCACCGACCCGAGCGCCGCCGUCGGCGCCUGCCUGAGAUACCCAAGAACAAGAAACCUGCCGUGAUGGCGAUGGUGCAGCCGUCGCUGGCGGACGAGCUGGGGGAGGCGAUGGAAAGGCGGGACUCUGCCGCGCCGGAGUCGCUGCAGUUCGCCAUCGGCGGGCGGACGAGGCCUCUCAUGGUGCUCAAGUGCCACAGCUACCUGCGGGAUGAGGAUAGUUCACCUGAUUCUGAACGGUUCCACAGCACUGAUGUUGAUUCAGGCAAUUCAACAGCACAUUCCCCAGAUGGACCGAAGUCUACAUCACCACAACCUAUGCUCAAUGACAGUCUCUCACCAGAAUCAACAGGCAGUAGUGGAGGAGUUCCAUUCACACAAGUGGAGCUUCUAGAAGCAACACACAGAGGACUGCAUAAAUUUAUACCUCGACACCAUGAUGAGAUAGAGGUGGAAAUUGGUGAUCCCAUAUAUGUACAAAAAGAGGCUGAUGAUCUGUGGUGUGAAGGUGUAAAUCUGAGAUCUGGAAGGCAAGGUAUUUUCCCUUCAGCGUAUGCAGUUGAUGUGGAUUAUAGUGAUUUUGAUCCCAGCACACCAAAAGUUAAACGAGAACGUUAUUUGCUGGGUUACCUUGGUUCAGUUGAAACAAAGUGUCACAAAGGCAAUUCAGUGUUGUGCCAGGCAGUGAAAAAGAUAGUGGGCACUGGGAAUACACCAAAGCACAAGCCACAUUCCUGUAUCCUAGAAGUUUCUGACCAAGGACUUCGUAUGGUGGAUCGCAGCAAACCCACACCUAUGGAUUCACCAUGUCAUGACUAUUUCUAUUCUCUGAAGAAUGUCUCAUUCUGCGCUUUUCACCCACGAGACCAUCGGUACAUGGGAUUUAUUACAAAACAUCCGCAGCUGCAGCGGUUUGCCUGUCAUGUCUUCAUGGGUCAAGAGUCAACAAGACCUGUUGCUGAAGCUGUUGGGUAA